AUGCCUUUCUCGCAUCUCGGGUUCUGCGUCCCUCACAGCAAGCUCAAUGAGACUCUUUCCUUUUACCUUGCUGCCCUAGCCCCUCUCGGGUAUAAGGAGCACAUGCGGCCUGUGGAAAAUGUCAUUGGGCUCGGGGUAUAUUAUCCAGACUUCUGGAUCACUGGUGUCAAACCGGAGUCUGAAGACGGGGGCGACAGAGACCAAGACGAACAAGAAAACCAGCGAAAACCCCUGCAUAUCGCAUUCAGUGCCAGCAGCCGCGAGCAGGUCCACGCGUUCUAUGAAGCGGCCAUAAAGGCCGGUGGCAAAUGCAACGGUCCGCCAGGCCUAAGGCCGCAAUACACACGGUUUUACUAUGGGGCUUUUGUGCUCGAUCCGAUGGGGAACAAUAUUGAAGCUGUGUGCAUGUGGCCGGGUUGGACGCAUUGGCGGUAUUGGCUCGGGAUGGGAGUUUUCGGUAAGCCGAGUCAGAGUCCCGCCGAAGGUCCUCAAGAAGAAAAUACUACAAGGGAUUCAACAGAAUAA